CUGUUGUUUUUCCUAAUAAUACCUAGGCGAAGGGAUCACCGGCUAGCCGUCGUCGCUGCUCAAUGGGUCGAGAAAAUUCCAGGCUUUCUCCCUCUCCUGCACGCCACGCCGUUGACGACUGGCGCUCACGCCGGAAUCCAAUUUCCGAGGCUUCGCCUCGCCGCCGACGGAGAUGGUCACCGUAUCACGAUCGGCCGAUCUCACGGCGGUCCGAAAAUUCCUCCGAGGAGGAGGACCUGAAAGGCCUAAGCUAUUUCGAAUAUCGUCGGAUCAAACGGCAGCGUCUCAGGAAAAAGCUUAAGAACUGUAUAUGGAAGGUCACGCCUAGCCCUCCAGGUAGCGAAAGGGAGCUGUCGGAGCCACCGCAGGAAGAGCCCGGACAGAGUGCUGAUCUUCCGUCAGAUGAUGAUAAGAGGAAGAUGAAGGAGUCUGGAUCUGAAGGCUCUGAUGGCGGCGGCCGUUCUUCUGGCGAUUCUGAGUCCGGUUCUGAGAGUCCUCAUCGAAAAAGCCGGAGUAGAAGAAAUGGAAGGACCUCGCAGAGGCGAAGAUACUCAGUUUCAAGUGAUAGUGCUAGUGAAACUGAUAGCGAUGCUUCAUCUGAUUAUGAUUCAAGGAGUUAUUCUGAUUACUUGAGCGAUUCAGAUGAUCAAUCGAGGCGGAGGAAGAGGAGUUCAGCGAAGCGAAGAGAGAGGAGAAAGGAAAGCGUGCAUUCUAGAAACAUUAGGAAACGAUCGUCUAGAAGUAGUAGGAAGAAGAAAAGAAAGGAAGUAACAUCGGAUUACAGUGAUAGUUCUGACUCUGAGUCUAGUCCUACUGCUAGGAAGAAGAGGACCACAACCUCAAAGAAGAAGAAGAUAAAUAGGCAGUCCAAAUUGGAGAACAUGUUUGAAUCGGAUGCUAACGUCGGAGCUCCUGAUGCUAACAAACCUGAGAUUGAUCCCGAAGCAGUGAAAUUCAUGGAGAUGAUUGAACUCCAGAAGAAACAGGCCUUGGACAGUGAGUCGCUUGUUGGGCCUAUGCCACUUCCACGUGCAGAAGGUCACAUAAGCUAUGGAGGGGCUCUGCGGCCAGGAGAAGGAGAUGCCAUAGCCCAGUAUGUACAGCAAGGCAAGCGUAUUCCUAGGAGAGGAGAGGUUGGUCUUUCUGCUGAAGAGAUUCAGAAAUUUGAAAACUUGGGCUAUGUGAUGAGUGGAAGCAGACACCAGAGGAUGAAUGCUAUCCGUAUAAGGAAAGAAAACCAAGUAUACAGUGCUGAGGAUAAAAGGGCACUGGCUAUGUUCAAUUAUGAGGAGAAGGCCAAGCGGGAGCACAAGGUUAUGGCUGACCUGCAAAGGUUGGUGCAGAGGCAUAUUGGGCCGGACAUGGGUCCUACACAUGAUCCUUUCGCUCCUAAGGCCUUAGAGGGUGAUGAUGCUUGAACUUGUUUCCAGGAUAUAUUUUUUUUAAUUAUAUUGAUUAUGUAGGAUGUAACCUCUGAUUACUGCUUUCUUUAGAAUUGUAAUCUAAUUAUGCCACUGGAUAUCGGUAGAAACAAGUCUUUUUCAAACAAA